UGAACGUUGAAGGUCGCUCCGAAUAUUCAAGUUCCGCGUUACAUAGUUGUUAGUUGGCAGCCGAGUAUGAGUGAUGAACUAGUACUGUUAGAUGCACAAUGUGCUUUUAUUCUGGGACAAAAUCAACUAGCUCUCAAAACAAUUCAAAAGCUAAAAUCGAGUUCUUCAGAAAUCGAAUUACAAGCUCAUGUGCUUACAUAUCAAGUAUACAUAGCUCAGAAAAUGUAUGGAGUUGUACUGGACGAAAUUCCUGAGGAUACUGACGAACCAGAACUGAAGCUACUUAGGGUCAUGGCGAAGUAUCUUUCAAAAGCUGUAUCUGACAAAAUCACUUUAAAAGAACUAGAAAUGAUAUUAGAAAAACAGGUGAAUUUGAGUCAAAAUUUGAUAAUCAUCGCAGCAACUAUUUAUAUCCAUUUAAACAUGUUGGAAUGUGCUUUAAAAAUCUUAAAUAAUGGAAGUGACACAUACUGCAAUGCUUUGACAGUUCAAUGCCUACUGCAUAUGAAUCGUUGUGAUCUUGCUGGUAAGGCUGUCCGACGUAUGCAGACCGCAGAUGAAGAUUCUCUAGCGGCACAACUUACUGCAGCUUUAUACUACGUGAAAAAGGGCGGUGAUCAGCUGCAAGAAGCCGUUCAUAUUUAUGAAGAACUCAAAGAAAAACAUGGACCUUCAACCUUACUUUUAAAUGGUCAGGCCGCGGCUUUGAUGGGUAUGAAUAAUUGGGUUGAAGCUGAGCCGAUUCUUCAGGAAGCUCUUGAUAUGGAUGGUAACAAUCCAGAUACAAUUGUAAAUAUGAUUGUAGUCAAUCAACAUUUAGGAAAACCUGUUGAGUCUAUCAACAGAUUAAUAUCUCAACUACGAGAUUGUUGUAAAGAUCAUCCAUUUCUUUUGGAUUAUGCACAAAAGGAAGAUGAAUUUACACGUUGUGCACAACAUUAUGCUCCAAGUGUACCAGGAUAGUGUGAUUGAUUUUUUUUGCUUUACUUUUGUACCAUUCGUCAAUAACCGUGAUAAUUUUUAUCUGUUUACUUACUUUUUUUGUCAUUUGGUCUAAAAUAAAGUGGUGCCAAUUAUGAUUUCA